AUGCCAGCCAACGCAUGUACAUUGCUGCUUAUCGCCAUCACCUUCAUUUCAGUUGUAUCGUUUAUGCCAUGGCCGAGAUCUAUUCAAUCGGCGCGUCACCAUGUUCGUAGCGAUGCUGCUGUCCCCGUUGAGCUGUUUGUCAUGAGCAAGUGUCCAGACAAGGUCUUUUGUGAAAACGUAUUCUCUCAAGUCUUGGACGAAGUCCAAGUGCCAGUAUCUCUUGAUGUCAACUAUAUUGCCAAGGCUAAUCAAUCCGAGGAAUAUCAAUAUGAAUGCAAGCAUGGUCCAUCAGAAUGCCUUGGCAAUAUUCAAGAGCUUUGUUUCAAGCAUGUCUAUCCUGAUUAUCAUCAAUGGUUCGAAUUCGAUCUUUGUUUGAAUGAGAAAUAUGAAUCGAUCGGCAAUGGUGAUGGUUUGGCCGAGGAUUGUGCGGGACAAUUGGGGUUGUCAUUUGCACGUGUCAAGGAUUGCAUUGAAUCUGGUAAAGGUGUUGAACUUUUGGGCGAAUCAGUGAAGCGUACACAAAGCCUUGGAGUCGAAAAAAGCUGCACUGUGUAUAUUGACAAUCGUUUGCGCUGCAUUCAUGAUGGCACUUGGAAGGAUUGCGAUGGUGGCUACGAAGUUGAAGAUUUUGUCAAAUCCAUUGAGGACGCAUACCAAGGAUGA